GCUUUGAUUGUUCGACGUUCAUGGUAAAAUUGUUGAAGUUAACCGAGUCAGUUAUAAUAUUUUUGUGUUGUUGAAAUGUACGAUUGAACACUUGUUGUGUUCCUAUCAUUUUCUAUACCUUUUAAAGAACUUAAAUUGUUUCAAUUGAAGGCGUUUCCUUUGGCACUCGUAAGGAGAGUGGUUAUGCUGGAAGUAUGCCGUCGUCGUCGCGGACGCGGGGCUCCGGCCGCGGCCCCGACGGGGCACUCAGGCCUCCGGUCAUAGCUCCCAUGUCAGAACGACAGCAGCUGGCCUUGGUGAUGCAGAUAUCGUCACAGGAUGCUCCUCCAGCCGCUCCAUCAACUGCUGAAGAAAGGAAACGUACCAGGCAGCAGCGCAACGAGCGUGGUGAGACACCUCUACACGUAGCCGCCAUCAGGGGAGACCAUGAUCAAGUGAAAAAGCUCCUCGACCAAGGCCAGGAUCCAGAUGUCCCGGAUUUUGCGGGUUGGACACCCCUACACGAGGCGUGUAUAUAUGGCUGGUACCAGGUGGUCAUAGUCCUUGUGAAGGGUGGAGCCAACGUGAACGCGAAGGGUCUCGACGACGACACUCCGCUGCACGACGCCACCACCUCGGGCAACUUGAAGAUGGUUAAAUUUCUCGUUGAGCACGGUGCUGACCCAUUUGUUAAAAAUGCAAAGGCUAAAAUGCCCAUCGACUAUGCAGCUCCUCAUAUUUACGAGUUUCUGGAAUCGUUGAAGGAUAAUAACGUGAGAGCCUCACACACGGGUCGGGCAAGGGAUGACAGUAGCAAGAAAGUUGGCAAUGCAAGUACUUCUAGUGACAGCAGCAAGCGCAACAUGGACUGCCUAGCACAGGAACACUUCGACAACAAGGACUCUGCGGCACAAGACAAAGGCAGUGGAGAAAAUAAAGAUGAAGGCAAUCAACUUAGCAGUGGAGUUGUGUCUUCAUCUCAGGAUGAAGUAGCCGCAGGCCCAAAACGGCCAUUCUCAGAUGAAGGUCAUGAGGCAGACUCUGUAGACGAUGACAUUUCCAAACGCAAAAAGAGAAAGGAGAAUGAAGAGAAAGAGCCCAUGGCUAAACCAGCUUCAGUUCCACGCAGUGGCCCCGGACGCAUUCUUACAGGCACAAAGCCUCCAGGGCCAGCUAGUAAGACUGGUGCCACUCCACUAGGAAAAGGUGGUAAUGUGCAGGGUGGAGGCAAAGGCAGCACAGCGGGUUCCUCCACAGGGAAAGGCAGCCAGCAAGCUCAGGGCAAGGGUGGCAGUGUAGCUGGCAAACUGGGUGCUCAAAACCAGGGCAAGACAUCUGGGAGUGCAAAAGGUGCAACUAGUAUGGUUGCAAGUAAACAAGAACGAAAAAGCCCAGUUGCCAGCCCGAAACCAAACCAAGCCAAGGAUGCUGAUGGUGACUCUGAAGAUCAGAAAAACCAAGAAUCUACAGCACCCAAGGUGCCGCCAUUAAAGAUAGUCAUACCUGGCGGCGCAGGGGGCUCUGCCAACAGAAACGAGCAAGAAGGUGAAGGUGGGACCGGGCAACGCGGCAGCGGGAAGGGACGCGGCAGUGUGGCGACGCUGCCCUACGUGCUGCCGUGCACCGCCGCCGCCGACGCCGGGCAGACCUCCGACAGCUCCGACGGCAACUCCGACGACAAGCGCCCGGGAGAAGGGGGCAAGGCUGGGCAAAGAGUCCUCCGUUCGCACAGGACGAACGAUGGAGAAAGAGAGAAGGACAAGGAGAGGACUUCCCCUCAGACAGGGAGCGAGAGUCGCUCCGGGACGGGUUCCACUCAGUCGACAUUGAGUUCCAACAAGAGCCCCCCGCCCUCGGGCUCUGGGCAUGAUAGCGAGCACGCUCCAUCUGCAUCGUCUGGCGGGGUCAGUGGCCGCUCCGAGACAGUGAACAAUCCUGGGCCCUCGGUGGAGCUGCACCCUCGGAAGCGCAAGAUCAAGGCUUCUAAGGACAGCCACUCUCGGGAGCCUGUCAAGACCGAGCCCACGCCAGACAGCACCGUGUCUCACAAUGUCACACAUUCCAACCCCUAUCAAAUGUACAUUCAUAUUCGAAAACAGAUUGAACAUCGUCAGAAGAGCCUGUUUCCUGUGAAGCCUAAACCGCCCAAAGACUUUAACAAGUACCUGAUGAACCGCUGCACUUACACUCUGCAGAGUAACGUGAACCCGGACCCACAGGUGGAGAUCCCACACAACAUGCCACCACUAAUGGUCAGCGAAUUUACAGACCAGGAAAAAGAACGGACACGCAUGAGAAUCCAACACCUAGUUGAGAAAGAAAAACUGGUACUAGCUGUAGAACAAGAAAUUCUACGCGUGCACGGACGCGCCGAACGCGCUGUGAUCAAUCAGUCUCUUCCUUAUUCGGUAUGCACAAUGUUGCGUGACAAAGAAGUGUACAACGUGCUGGCUCCAGACCAAGAGGAGAAACGGAACGCACAGCGCUCGCGCUGCAACAGCCGACAGAUCAACUCUUGGCUGCAGGAAGUCGAUGAUAAAUGGGAGAAAAUUAAGGAGGGCAUGCUUCGGCGUCAGAACACGGAAGCUGAAACUUUACAUGCUGUUCAAAAAAUGGGAUGGGAGUGGAAACUGAAGGAACUCGGUAUUUGCGACUACAAAACCACCCCUAAAAUCGAUCCAACACACGUACCUCAAAUAUUUGUUUCCAAUUUCGACUUGCGCGCUUAAAAUUAAAUAUUAGCCUGGUAUCCAGACUGAUAUCCUAGUUUAAAUAUUAUUGCUAUAAUUAUUAAUAAUAUUGACUAUAA